UAGAGCGGCAGGGCAGGUUGUAAGUGACUCCAGGAUUGCCAGAAGCACCUUGCGGCUCUUGAUAUCUGGCUGCUCAGUGUGACAGCAGCUUUGGGUGGUGUGAGGGGAAGUACAGGUAAGACCCAGCUUAAGAAGCAAACAGCAGAGGGAGCCCAAACAUGCCGAGCGUAUUCACCUAUCUCACCUCCGAAGUCGACUGUUGUGAAGGCAACUUUGAGCACUCUGAGGUCAUCGCGGAGUACUACAACACGAUCAGCAAUGUGAGUUUCUUCCUCCUUUUCCCCAUCUUGCUGUACCUGAAUCACCAAUAUGUCCGGCAGCGCCCCCUGUCCGCCUAUAGCCUCUCCAUCAUGCUCCUAUUAAUAGGUAUUUUCUCUACCUACUAUCACCUGACCCUGAGCUAUGUGGGACAGCUGCUGGACGAGCUCUCCAUCCUCUGGACACUCGCCUUGACGUACACCUUUUGGAUCCCGAAAUGUUACUUCCCGGGAUUCAUCAAGGACAGGACUCAGUUUGUCUGUCUGGUUGGCAUCGUCACCCUGAUGUCAUUCAUCCAACCAGCCUUCAACGCUUAUCUGCUCAACAGCAUUUCCCUCCAUCUCCUGUACUUAACAUCUCAGGAGCUGAAAAAGUGCAGUAACCCACGUGUUCACCGCAUAGCUGCGUCCAUGGUCAUGUGGUGGGUGCUAGCCAUUAGCUGCUGGUUAAGCGACAAGUGGUUCUGUGGAUUUUGGCAGAGGAUCAACUUCUGUUACCUUCACAGUUUCUGGCAUGUACUGAUAUCCAUCACUCUCCUCUAUUGCUGUCCCUUGUUUAUCUACUUCGAUUCUCGGUACGAGAUUCCUGCCUUUGAACCGGAGCUGAAGUACUGGCCUAGUGACUCCUGGCCAAUCGCACUGCCCUAUCUUGCUCUGAGGACACCUUACAAACGGUGUUAGGGUGAGGUGCUGCAGUUCAGAUCCCUGGUGUAUAUUGGGACUGGGAGGGGGAGGAGUGAUAGAGCACAGCCAUUUUCUGCUAAAAUACCAAAAUCUCUCUGUGUUGUUUUGAAUGGCUGUUUGGGUGUCACCAUGGUGAUUGGGGUGCAGCGCCUGAUGCUGGAGACUGACUGUGAAGUCUUCACAGUCGGAAGAAUCCAAUGUUUUCCUGAGGUCACACUGUGCACUGAUCCCCAGUGAGAGGGGGUGACCCCUGCUGGAGGAAUCACACUAAUAAAACCGAAGCCAAAGUGCUGGCAACUGGC